AUGGCGACUUUGACUUUGUCCGCAAAGGAGACGGAGAUACUUGUAGCUUUUAUGUCUGAGAUGGGGGAGAUUCCUAGCAAUAUCAACUUUGACAAGGUCGCCGGUCGAGUUGGGGUCAAGUUUGGUAAAAACGCCCGCCAAAGCUUUAAGAAGCUAUUUGAGAAGUUGAAGGAUCAAGCCGGACCUCCUCCAGAUACUGAGGAUGGUGAUACCCCUCCCAAGACACCCUCUCCCACCAAGAAAACUUCUCCAAAGAAGAAGGUUGGCCCAAAGAACGCUCCCAUCAAAGCCACUCCUAAGCCCAGAGGAAAGAAGGCCGCAGUCAAGAAGGAAGUCAAGGAGGAAGUAGUUGAUAGUGAUGAUGAACUAGCAGAACGAGUAUUGGACGACGAAGAUGGCAAGUCUCCAGAACAUAUUCCUUCCCUCAGAGCCGAAAGUCUUGGAAAGAACUCCCUUGUUGGCUCAUCUACUGGAUCUUCUGAAAGUCUUCAGAUUUCAAAUAAGGUUGCUAGAAUAUCUGUCAUCGAAGCCGAAGAGACAAUUUCUACUUUCACUGAAGAGAGCCCUGUUGAUGAGCAAGCUGAUCUCGACGAACAGCUCCUAGCUGCCCAGUCUGAAAUGAGUGUUGAUGCUUAUCGACAUUGGAAAGCUCUCAAUAAUUAUACAUUCCUGGAGAGCUCCUGA